UUCUCAAAUGGUGGAUUUGUUGGUGAAACCAUAAUUCACCUUGGUGGAAUUAUAAGUGAAGGGAAUUACAGAGGAUUCAUUGAAGUGAAACCAGCUCCAUAUAAUGUGGUGCUCGAAGAUGAUACUUACAAAGGGCAGAUAAAGAUUGGAUUCAAAUUCAUCCCACAUAAUGAGGUGCACAAUGGAUCCAAGAAUUCAUUGGACAAGUACUGAACCAGGACAACCCAUUUGUAGCUCAAUUUUCGAUCUUUGGAAAUUCCAAUGUUCUAGGUUCUUGUUUUACCAUUAAUGGAAAUGGUAGAGGAUCACUGAAAAGUAGUUUAGAUGAUUUGAUUCAGUCUAUAUGUAACGAUGUCCAGCGUUCUUCAACAACAGGCUGGGGCAACAAAAGGAUACCUAGAUACAAAGUUUACAAACCCUGAAUCUGUUCAUUUUUCUUUCAUAGCUGUAUAAGUAUGGACAAUAAAGCCUAUGAUGCUCCUCUUUGUUUGGUAAACAAAUGGGCGAGAGGACUCCUCGAUCUGGAAAUGGAUGGGCAAACAAAGAUUUGAUCAUCUU